AAUGGAGCCGUUGACGCCACCUCACACGCCACCGGCGAUCCAUCCGCAACAGCAACAGCAGUUACAACAAAUGCAAAUGACGUCGCCCCGGUGGAUCAGAUCUCAACAAUUAACCAACAGGCUCGGACAUCAGCCGCCGAGCGGGCAGAACGUUGGAUAUCAAGCAGCGUUCAUUGACAAUUGGCUGAGGGGCGCAGCUCUGUUGGCAGUGAGGGGUUGCUGCCCCCAGACCUCCGUCCAUCCUUAUCAUCAAGGUCAUCAAUUACACCCGCCGAUACCGCCGCCGCCAGCUUCGUUCUUCGCCAGGAGACUGCCUGGACAGAGGCCCAAGAAACAAUUCAUCUGUAAGUUCUGCAAUCGGCAAUUCACGAAGAGCUACAAUUUGUUGAUCCACGAGAGGACACACACCGACGAGAGGCCGUAUUCUUGUGACAUUUGCGGGAAAGCGUUCAGGAGGCAAGAUCACUUGAGGGAUCAUAGGUGCAACGUCCAGGGUGUCAUAACCAGAUAG